AUGAAGAAACACACAAAGACGCAAUCGACAUAUAACCAGGCUUUUGACAAUACUGCUACCACUGUGGCAGCUUCCCAGAUGCGUAAUGCCUUGAACAACUUGGCUGACACUGUGUCUGAGAAGGAGAACCAGCAAAGAUUCGAGACCGAGAUGGACUCCUUCUUUGCCUUGUUCAGAAGAUACUUGGCUGAUAAGGCUUCUGGUUCUACUUUGGAGUGGGACAAAAUCAAGUCUCCUUCUCCAAGUGAGGUCGUUCAGUACAGCGACUUGAAGACCCCUGAAAAGGUCACCGAAGGUCUUUCCAAGUUGGCCGUCUUGAAGUUGAACGGUGGUUUGGGUACCUCCAUGGGUUGCGUUGGCCCAAAGUCUGUCAUUGAAGUGAGAGACGGUAACACCUUCUUGGACUUGUCUGUUAGACAGAUUGAGCACUUGAACAGAAAAUACGAUACCGACGUGCCACUUCUUUUGAUGAACUCUUUCAACACUGAUGCUGACACCGCCAAGAUCAUCAAGAAGUACCAGGGCCACAGAAUCAGAGUGAGAACCUUCAACCAGUCCAGAUUCCCAAGAAUCUUCAAGGACUCUCUUUUGCCUGUCCCUGACUCCUUCGAUGACGACUUGAACAGCUGGUACCCUCCAGGACACGGUGACUUGUUCGAGAGUUUGGUGUCCUCUGGUGAAUUGGACUCUCUUUUGGCCCAGGGCAGAGAAAUCUUGUUCGUCUCCAACGGUGACAACUUGGGUGCCACCGUCGACACUGAAAUCUUGAACCACAUGAUCGAGUCCGGUGCCGAAUACAUCAUGGAAUUGACCGACAAGACCAGAGCUGACGUCAAGGGUGGAACUUUGAUCAACUACGAUGGUCAGGUGAGAUUGUUGGAAAUCGCUCAGGUUCCAAAGGAACAUGUCGAGGAGUUCAAGAGUAUCAAGAAGUUCAAGUACUUCAACACUAACAACUUGUGGAUCAACUUGAGAGCCGUCAAGAGAUUGGUCGAGUCCAAUGCCAUUGAGUCCGAGAUCAUUCCUAACCAGAAGACCAUCUCCAAGGGCUCUUCUGACAUCAACGUCUUGCAAUUGGAGACCGCCGUUGGUGCUGCCAUCAGACACUUUGACAAUGCUCACGGUGUGGUUGUUCCUAGAUCCAGAUUCUUGCCAGUCAAGACCUGUUCCGACUUGUUGUUGGUCAAGUCUGACUUGUUCUUCCUUGAACACGGUGCAUUGAGAUUGGACCCAACCAGAGAUGGUUUCUCCAACCCAUUGAUCAAGUUGGGCUCUUACUUCAAGAAGGUCAAUGACUUCCAGAAGAGAAUCCCUCACAUGCCCAAGAUUUUGGAGUUGGACCACUUGACCAUUACUGGUAACGUCAAGCUUGGUAGAAACGUCACUUUGAAGGGUACCGUUAUCAUUGUUGUCAAUGACGCCGACUCUAUUGACAUUCCAAAUGGCGCCGUCUUGGAGAACGUCGUCGUCACCGGUAACUUGCGCAUUUUGGAGCACUGA